AUGGCCGUCGUUUUGGGAUCGACACCGGCUGCCGGCCUCAAUGCGAAAGCCGCCCAGGUGACGGGCAUGCGCAAAAACGGAAAGCAGUGGCACGAGCCCAAGAAGGCCUUUCGCCCAGCUGCUGGCAAGUCUAGCUACGCGAAACGAGUCGCUCGAGAGUCGCAGGCAGCGGACGUCAAAAAGAUCGAGAAAGAAAUGAAGGCUGAGAAGGAGGAGGAGCGACAGGUCCGUCACGCAGCGUGAGAAGACCUCUUGAGAGGAGUGGUACUGACACUUUGCGCAGAGGAGGGUACAGGCCAUCAAGGACAAGCGCGCAGCAAAGGAAGAGAGGGAACGCUAUGAGAAGAUGGCAGAGAAGAUGCACAAGAAGCGCGUCGAGCGAUUGAAGAGAAGGGAGAAGCGGAAUAAGCUGCUCGAAUCAUGA